UGUACAUUUCUGCUCUCUGGUACAUUGGGACGUUUUCCGUACGUUUUUUAGCACUGUUAUUUACCGCUAAAGAACGCCAUUUUUCUUAUUAGCGCUAUCAAUUUUAUUUUUCGGCCAAACGUCCCCUUUGUGUUGUCAUGUCAUUUUGACUUUGACGUUUGAUUGUUUACAAAUUUUUGCGAUUUGUUACGGUCGGUUCGUCUAGCUUAAAAAAUAAUUUUAUUCAUCUGUAUAUUGUUUUAAAAUUAUUAAACCUACAUAUAAUGAGUUCGCAAACUCGACUUUUGCGUGAUGUGUGUCGUAUAUGCUUACAAACUUCAUUAGCUUCUGUAAAUUUAUUUGAUGCUACUCCUGAAUCUAAAGAUAUUUUGGAAAAGGUUUACUUAUGUUUCCAGAUUAUAAUAUAUUCAGAAAGGUAUUUACCUUAUUCGAUUUGUAGUAAUUGUAUUGACGAAUUAAAUGCAGCUAAUAAUUUUAGAUUGAAGUGUGUAUCAUUUGAUGAAAGAUUUGCUGCUAACACCUACAAAGUUAAAGAAGUAUGUGAUUUCAAGGAAAUACCAAAGUUAAAUAAUAUCAAAGAAUCGGAUAAUUCACAUGAAUCAGAUGAAUACACUUCAAACACCAGUGAAGUAAAAAAAUGUGAUGAUAAUGAUUCUCAAAGAGGUACACUGAAUCAGUUCGUUUGCAGUGUAUGUGGUAAAGUUCUUAAGACUAGAUCAUCACUCAUGAAACAUGUUGCGUCAAUGCAUCAAAAAAGAAAACAUAUUGGUGAUGUCUCAGGUUUUAGUUCUACUCGUCGUUAUCAUUGUACAAGUUGUUCAUACUCAACACCCCAUAGCCAAACGUUGGUAAACCACAUGAGAAGGCAUGAUGGAGAACGCCCAUAUCAUUGUCAAUGUGGCAAAAGAUUUACUCAGGCUGCCAGUCUUUCCGCGCAUCAGAAAACACAUAGCUCUACUACAUAUUUUACAUGUUCAGUAUGUGGGAAACAAUUUAAACAUAGUUAUACUUUGAAAAAGCAUUCACAAGUUCAUGAAAACAGUAAAUUAGCCUGCAACAUCUGUCACAAACUUUUGAAAUCUAAACAGUCUUUGCAAGACCAUAUGUAUCGGCAUUAUAAUAUUCGUAACUAUAACUGUGAAGAUUGUGGUGAUACAUUUGUAACAUCAUCAGAACUGCUCAGUCACAGGAAAAAACAUAAUAUAGAAAAGAGAGUAGAAUGUUAUUUUUGUGGAUAUAAAACCCACACAAAGAAAAGUUUGAUUCUACAUUUGAAAAGACAUAUGGGUGAUAAACAAUUCAAGUGUGAAUUGUGUGACUUGUCCUUUUAUACAAGAGGUGAUGUGAAACGUCACCAUCGUGUGCACACUCGUGAAAAGCCUUUUGGAUGUCCUACAUGUACGCAAAAGUUUACUUAUAGCACAAGUUUAAAUAAGCACAUGCUGACAGUGCAUGGUGUCCUUUACAAAUGGGCUGACUUCAAACACAAGGACAUACAAAAACUUAAUAAGACAGAUGACUCAGAGGAUAAAAAAUAAAACUAUAGAAUAUAAUUUAAUUGUUUAAUUAAAUGCCAAAACACAUUAUACCUACAAUGAGAAAAUCAGUGUACAUUAAAAUGUGCAGUUGUAAUUUGAAUUUAUCCAAUAUUAGACAUUAUAUUGUACCAAUCAAAUGGUUUAAAAUGAAAUCAAUUCAGAAAUACAGCAGUGUGUUACAUCUUACAUAUUAAAAUA